CAGUUGGGGCGAGUUUGGGCGGAAACGGCGCGCGGUGACAGCUGGGAACUUCAGCACGCUCAUACAGGAAGACGACGCAGACGGGGAGCCCGUAAUACACCUAUUCAAUAUCAAAGACUAAAGCCAGGACCACUGUAACAUUUCUCAGACGGUGACGGCAUGGCAGAGCUGGCGGGUCUAGUGCAGCGUUUGGAGGUGGCUGUGGGCCGUCUGGAGGCCAUGUCCAGUUCUGGGGGUGGAGGCGGCCCUGCUGCUGCAUCUGGAGCGGUUUCGGUGUAUGUUGAAGCCUAUGACAACUUGCUCUCUGGCCCUGUGGCUCAGUACACCGCCCUCAGUCAGAAGAUAGGGGGGGACGUCCAGAAGCAUGCUGAGUUGAUGAAGCAGGCCUUUUCCUGUCAAAGACAGUUUCUGGUCACUGCCUCCAACUCUCAGAAACCUUCUGAUUCUGUCCUGACCUCUCUGCUGGCCCCCGUGUCUAAAGUGAUCCAGGAGGUGCAGGCGUUCCGGGAGAAGAACCGCUCCUCACCUCUCUUCAACCACCUCUCUGCUGUCAGCGAGAGCGUUCCCGCCCUCGGCUGGGUUGCCAUGGCACCAAAGCCAGGCCCCUUUGUGAAGGAGAUGCAGGACGCUGCCACGUUUUACACAAACCGUGUGCUCAAGGAUUACAAGGAAAAAGAUAAGAUGCAUGUGGAAUGGGUCCAUGCCUAUGUGUCCAUUUGGACCGAGCUGCAGGCCUACAUCAAGCAGCACCACACGACUGGACUGAGCUGGAGCAAGACUGGUCCGGUGGCUUCAGCCUCUGGAGGCGCCCCGAGUGGAGGAGCACCAGCCCCACCUCCUCCAGGUCCUCCUCCACCCCCUAUGGACUUGGGCAAAUCAUCAGGUGGAGACUCCGGAGCAACCAAUCGCAAUGCUCUCUUUGCCUCCCUCAACAAGGGAGCUGAUAUCACUAAAGGACUGAAGCAUGUGUCUGAUGACCAGAAGACACACAAGAAUCCUGGGCUCAAAGCUCAAGGAGGUCCUUUGCCUUCUGGGCCCAAACCCUUCGCUGCUCGGCCCACAGCAGCAGCCAGCCCAGCCCGCACUCUGCCCCCAGUGCUGGAGCUGGAUGGCAAGAAAUGGAAAGUGGAAAAUCAUGAAGGCGCCCAAAACCUUGUGAUCAGUGACACAGAACUGAAGCAGGUGGUUUAUGCCUUCAAGUGCAACAACAGCACUUUACAGGUGAAGGGGAAGAUCAACUCCAUUACUUUAGAUAACUGUAAGAAACUGGGUCUGGUCUUUGACGAUGUUGUGGGUAUUGUUGAGGUGAUCAACUGCAAAGAUGUUAAGGUCCAGGUUAUGGGUAAGAUACCAACCAUCUCCAUCAACAAGACAGAUGGCUGCCAUGUGUACCUGAGCAAGGACUCUCUGUCAUGUGAAAUCAUCAGUGCUAAGAGCUCAGAGAUGAACGUGCUGGUGCCCAACAAGGAUGGAGAAUAUACUGAGAUCCCAGUCCCUGAACAAUUCAAAACUGUAUGGGACGGUAACAAGCUGGUCACCACAGCCACUGAAAUUGCGGGAUAAAGGACCAGCCUGUACGAGACCACCCCCAUUGCAGUGUCCUACCUGACUGACCAAUGAGCUUAAACUACAAAGUAGUAUGGAAUGCCAACCAGGUCCACUCUCCUAUCAGCCAAUCGCAGCGGCAAUCAUAUCUUCCUUCAGCUAAUGACAUGACUGCUUGCUUACCACAAGCACUUGCUCAGUCAGCAGCAGGGCUCCAUUCUCUUCUAUUCCAUUGAUUUAAAACAUAAGCACUUGAAUUUGAUUGCCAACAGUUGAGGUGUUUUCAUAUGUUUUUUUUGUUGUUGUCUUGCAGCCAUACUAAACAAAAUAACAUGUGAAUGGCCAACAUGAGCAAGCAAGUCAUUUUAAUCAAAUUUUGUAUUUUUGAUGUAAUUUAGAUUCUUUUUUCAUUUGCAUUUUCUGGUCAGGGGGCAGGUGUUGGGGGUGGGGGGGGGGUCAUUCCGUUUUCUGUUUGACAUAUGCAAUUCAGAUCUGAAGCACAUAAAUGUCCCUCUACAGACCACCAAUGCAGACAUUUACUGUAACUUUUUUGUAUUUGUUUUCUAGAGAUAAUUAGAAUCAAGAUUUGUGUCAAUUCUUACAGGACCAAUUGGCGCCUUGCAGGAUUCACAGUUAUAUUUCCAAUCGUGACACUGAAACAAUGUUGCAAAAAACAGUAGUUGCUUUAGGAAUUCUCAUUUCCCUGUUUAUUUCACAUUGUAUUCCAGAGCACAUGCACAUUCCGUGUAAUAUAAAUAAAUGAACAUUCCAUGUUCAUGACGGAAAGGUGUGGAAAGCGUUUUGUUGUCUUGAGUGUUCUUGGCACAAACUGGAGAGGAGGCAGAGAAGGACAUGCAGCGUAAUGUUGUGAUGCUCAUGGUACUGUGUGAUAUCUGAUGACUAUCUGCUGUACAGAUACUGGAUUUACAUGACCUGUGUCCACCUCUUGCUCUCAUCGCAUGCUUUAACUAGUUCAGGCUUUAAUUCCAACCUCUUAAUCUUUACUUUCCGUAAUACUGAGGCCAUGAGUAUGGAAUUUCUUUUGUAUCGUUUGUCUUUAUUUGGCCGAGAAUUAGUACUGGAGAACAAACAUCAUUAAAACUUUCAAUAAAUAAUAAUAAAAAAAAAA